AUGAGCAUAGUCAACUUCUGGUCUGCAGCUUUUCGUUUGCCAAGUAAAUGUAUGAAGGAAGUGGAACAGUUAUGUGCAGCUUUUCUUUGGACUGGUCCGGUUCUCAGACCAACUGGUGCGAAAGUUGCAUGGAGUGAAGUAUGCAAACAGAAAGAAGAAGGGGGCUUGGGAAUUCGAGCUCUUAAAGAAGUUAACUUGGUCUGUGGGCUGAAGUUGGUAUGGAGAUUACUAAUGGGGAAGUCUUUAUGGAGUAAAUGGAUGAAGUCUAAUCUGAUGAAGAAGAAAAGCUUCUGGGAAGUUAAUGUGAAGACUCAAACUGGUUCCUGGAUGUGGAGAAAGAUGCUCAAACUUAGGGAGAUAGCAAAAAGAGGGUUCAUAGAUUUGGGUAUACGAAAAGAAGCUACGGUAGAAGAAGCAGUAUUCAAACCUCGUAGACGAAGAUGGCAUCGAAUUGAGAUUUUGAAUGGUAUUGAAGAGAAGCUGUGUUAUAUGAAAGAGAACUUGAAUGUAGAAAUGGAAGAUGAGAGUUUGUGGAGAAGAGAAUCGGGUAUAAAAACUCUUUCUCGACUGAAGAAACUUGGAAGCUUACUCGGGGAGAAAAGGAAAGGAAUUGAUGAAGGUUGUGUGCUUUGUAAGAAUGCGAGAGAAAACAGAAAUCAUCUGUUCUUCGAGUGUUCUUACUCUGCUCAAAUUUGGAGAAGUCUUGCAAUGGGGAUUAUGGGAAGUUCUUUUACGAGUUCAUGGUCUGAUCUUAUGCAGUUGAUAGCGGAAGGUAGACGUAUGGAUCGUAAGAGGCUAUUUUGUCUUCGCUAUGCUUUUCAAGCAGUGAUGUAUGGAGUUUGA